UUUCCUUCAAAAAAUGAAUUAUCAUGAUAUGAAAUUCUGUCGGAUUCACUUCACAGCAUUUCAAAAAAUUUUCAUUGCCAGUCUAGCUAACUGAUGUACGCUUAUUUGUACAAAAUGAAUACAUUUUCCUUACCAUUUCUGAUGUUGUCAUUUCUCAUGUUACAUCAAUCAUAUGGGGGUAAACAUUGGGAACGAUACAUUGAUUGGAUACCUAAAGAUACAUUGGCUUGCUACAGUGACAGAACUAUAGGGUUAUUUGAAAACUUGAAACAAGUGGUCAAAACAUACUGUGUUCAAGAUGGAGAAAACGAAUUCAAGACCAAAAUUGUCACAAGAUCCGGAUUUUAUAAAAUUAUUGCUAAGGAAGAUGGCGAAUUAUUUGAGAACGGAAAAAAACAAGCAGAAGAAAUAGCUUUAAAAGUGAUCACCAAAGUCCAUCGAUGUUUAUCCUAUGACUGCAGCAGCGAAAAGCAGGAAAAAGUGAAUGAAUUUAUCCAAACUUUUAGAAGACAAAUUACUUGGUGCGGGGAUUCUGAAUUUCUAGCGAAAGCUGUAGCUACUUUGGCGACGACUUGUGAAGAAGAAAAGAAAAAAGGAAUUUCGAAUGACAGCGAUAUUAAAUCCCUCUUUGCCCGGAAUGGCGUUAAUGAUAUGUCCGAUUGGUGGGCUAGGAAAUAGAUUAUCAUGUAGAAUUAAGUAAACAUUUUUCCCGAAAGUAGCAGAAAUUAUAAUACCUACACAUAAUUAUGUAUGAAUACAUCAUUUAGCAUUUCA